UGGGGAAGAAAUGCACUGAGAGCACUGCUGGCUUCCUAUGGCCACAGCCCCAGCUCACUUCCUUCUUUGGGCUCUGGGACGUCACUCUCCGUGAAACUGGGGACUGGGGUGUUGAUAGUAGCAACAAGGUGCAGUGCAUCCAGCAUGGCGCCAGCUCUCACAAUCCUCCUUCUGGGUUGCUGGCUGGCUUCUCAGAGCAGGGUGUGGGGAGAGCAAAAAUACCCCAAACCCUUCAUCUCUGUGAUCCCCAGCCAAGUGGUGUUUCUUGGGGGAGAAAUCACCAUCCUCUGUGAAGGUUUACACCAUGACGUGAAGUUCUAUCUGUACAAAGAUGGACGUACACCCUGGUCACAGCAGGAAGUACGUGGGAGGAACGUGUCUGAAUUUCCAAUCAUCAACAUGAGCCAGGAAGACGGAGGAAGCUACACCUGUGACUAUCACCCCAUAACAGCUGAGAACCACUGAUCGCAUCUCAGUGACCCUGUGGAGCUGGUAGUAAGAGAGCCCAGCCACCCAAAACCCAGCAUCUCCCUGCGCCCCAGCAGACCGGUGACCCCAGGGGGAGCUGUUACCAUCCAGUGUGGGGGUACACACCUACGGAUGAAGUUCGCUCUGAUCAGAGUGGGAAGCAGUUUCCCACCCCAGGAUGCCAGCGGGUUUCAGGCUGAGUUUGUCAUCCCCAGUGUGAGCACUGAGCACAGCGGGAGCUACAGCUGCUGCUACCACAGCAAAUCUGACCCAUUCACUGUGUCUGAGUCCAGCGACCCUGUGAAGCUGGUGGUAAGAGAUCGCAGCUAUCCCAGACCCAGAAUUUCUCUCAGCUCCAGUUGGCCAAAUGCUCUGGGGCAAGAUGUCACCAUCUGCUGUGCCUGUCAGUGUCAGCGCCGGGACCUGAAGUUCUUCCUGCACAAGGCUGGAGCUCAGCAGAUGCUGCAGCCUAUGAAAACUAUGGGGGAAGUGGCUGAGUUCUUCAUCCCCAGCGUGACCUGGGAGCACAGAGGGAGCUACAGCUGCAGCUACCGCCGCCCAGGAGAACUAUAUGUCUUGUCAUAUUCCAGUAACCCUCUGGAUAUUGUAGUAACUGGAGGAACUGAUCAGACUGAGCCUAGAUGGACACUGGCUCCGACAGAUGAAGGGAGCACUGGGACAGACCCACAAAGGAAGAAUCCAACAGUAUUGAUCAUCACGGGGGGCUGCACAGCUGCCUUCCUCCUCCUCCUCCUCCUCGUUUCCUUCCUCUUCUACAAAAAAAUCCAAGCAAGGAAAAGUCAAGUGUCAUCAAAGCACACCAGGCCUGGCAUCUCGGAGGUUGCUCCAGACCCCAUCUACUCCUCUGUGGAUGACAGAGAAGAGCAGCGCACUCUGCCCCAGAUGGACCCCGAUCCCAAUGCUGAUGGCAUCACCUACGCUGAGCUGAACCAUGAGGCACUGAACAAGCAGUGGUACCCCACCCUUGCCAUUGUUGAGCCCAGCCUCUAUGCUGCAGUCAAUGUGAGACCAGGGAUCCAUCAGAGACUGUGGGCAGGAGGAGGCCACAAGGAGGAAGAUUUUACAGUUGAGAGGCUAAAUCUAGCGUAUCCUUCCCAAAACCAGUCACCACGGCGCCGGGUACACUCCAGCCCUGCCUGCUUCUCUGGAGUCACCAGCACCAUGGGUCCCACUCCAGCCUUUCUUGUUCUUCUUGGUGCCAUGUGGACCUGUCUCCUAUCAGCUGCUCCUCAGGCCUUUCCAGCACCGUCCAUCUCCCUGAUCCCCAGUGGAAGCAUCAUCCCAGGAACCAACGUGAUCAUCCGCUGCCGGGCAGACCUGUCAGGCAUGCGGUUUCUACUGUAUAAGGUUGGGGUGCUGAAUGCCCUGAGGCACGUGGAGCCGGCUGGGAAUAAGGGUGAGUUCCCCAUUACCAACGCCAGGCAGGAGGACAGCGGUAACUACACCUGCCGCUACCAGACCCUAGAUGAGCCACCCAAAUGGUCAUACCACAGCAACCCUGUGGAGCUGGUGGUGAAAGGUGAGAUACUGUGUUCUCUUGAUAUGCAGUUCACUAACGGUGCUCUUCCUUCCACACUGCCGGACCGGAACCUGUGGCCACUUCUACCUGCAUCACCCCUGGGAAGCAAUGCCAGCACUGGGUGUGUCACCAGCCACCAAACCCUAGGGGAUGGGCAAAGGGAAAGACCCAGGUUACAACUGCCCCUAGUGAGGGGGAGGCUGGGAAGUGGGGUUUUGUAUGAUGUUUCAUUCUCUCUCUCUCUUUCUCUCUCUCUCUCUCUCUCUCUCCCUCUCUCCUGGACAGAAGUCUUCCCAGCACCAACCAUCUCCCUGAGCCCCAGCAGGAACAUCACCCCAGGAGCCAAUGUGAUCAUCCACUGCCAGGCAAACCUAACAGGCAUGCGGUUUCUGUUGUACAAGGCUGGGGUGCUGGGUGCCCUGCGGCACACAGAGCCAGCUGGGAACAAAGGCGAGUUCCCCAUCACCAAUGCCCGGCGGGAGGACAGUGGUAACUACACCUGCUGCUACCAGACCCAGAAUGAGCCACCCAGCUGGUCAUACUACAGCAACCCCGUGGAGCUGCUGGUGAGAGGGGUUCCUCCGAAGCUAGAUUACACCCUGGGCAACAUCAUCCGCCUGGGCCUGGGCGCCGGGGUCCUGCUCCUCCUAGCACUGAUCAUAGCUGAGACCAUGUGCAGGUGGAGGAGGGGAGGGCUCUGUGCUCCAUGAGCAUGGGACUCCCCCAUGUUGUCCCAAGGAUUCCUUUUAUCUGAGACCCCCAAGGAUUGACACGGCCCCUCAUCUGAUUUGGUAUCAAGUGAACUCUAUUUAGUAGCCCCUAGGCUCAUUACAAGUAUUCUUCCUUGAAAUAGGACCUGGCAAGAGGUUCCUUAGACAUUACAGCAGCAACCUUUGGUGUUACCAGCCUCAGAUCCUUUGCUGGUGUGUGGGAUGUUAGUUCCUGGGUUCCUUGUUACUCAAAGCAAGAAUCCCAAGGAUGCUCCCAACUCCACAGGGUGACAACACAUGCACACACUGUCUCUGU